AUGCCGAAGAAGUGCCGCAAGAAGCCUACAAUUGUGGACGACCAGAUGGUCACUGAGGACUGGUCCGUUAUUGCAGAGUAUUUGGCGAUCCUGAAACCAUUGAAGAUCGCGACAAAGCGCCUAGAGGGCCAGCCACGACAAGGCAAAUUCGGCGCGAUUUGGGAAGUUUUGCUCACAAUGGAGUGGCUUCUGAAGCACCUAGAAGAGGCAAAGCUACAGCACGAACGGGACGAGGAACCGUACCUGCGAAUCGGCUGCAAUCUCGGCUGGAUGAAGCUGGAUCAAUACUACGCCCUUACGGAGGAUAGCCCUGCGUACCUCGCGAGCCUCGUCCUCCAUCCCGCGUUUCGCUGGUCCACCGUCGAGUCGCAGUGGUCCGAUCAUCCGGACUGGUUGGCCAGAGGAAGGGCGGCUGUGCAAGAGCUAUGGGAGGAGUACCGAACCCUCGCGGUCGAGCAAGAUACGAUACCCGAGGAGCCCACAGCUGCAAGGAAGACAACGGACCUAGAUGACUUCAUGACCUCAAUUAGGAAACUUGGCGCCCAACCUGCGCCCUCACCGUCCUCCACGCGUGACGAAUACGCAGAAUGGGUGGCCAGUACCGAUCCGGGCGAUUGUCUUGUGGACAAUCCCAUCCAGUACUGGCUUCUCCGCAGACGCCAGUAUCCACGCUUGUCGCGAAUGGCAAUCGACCUCUUUUCUAUUCCGGCAAUGUCUUCAGAGCCGGAGAGAAUAUUUAGCCUUGCCGGACAGAUGGUCACAGCUCAGAGAGGCCGCCUCAAAGCGGACCUUAUCGGGGCGGCUCAGUGUAUUUCGUCGUGGGAAAAAAGUGGAGUUAUCCAGAUAUCCAAAUGA